UAAACCCGUUCCACACUUGUCGACUGCUGCACGAGAGGCAUCAUCGAACAUUGAAUCGCGACAUCGACUGCCAAACCACAGCCAAUUCAACAAGCGCAAUGAAGCCCGGCAGCAUGCCAGUGCGCGCUCAGUCGCGGUCGGUGUGCCAACUGUGCAACUAUAUACUACAACAGCCUGGGAGUCGCCGGACUUUCCUAUCCACAUCAUUCCGAGCGCCUUCGAUACGACGACAAACCGCGUCAACCCCGAAUGCAUAUCGCAAUACGUCUGCAGCCCGUCCACGAAACAUUACGACGACAAGCCGGAAGGCAGCAGUGGUAGACACUAGCGACGAUGGCGUGCGACAAUAUUCGGAGAGAAUAGUGUCGUUGAAGAGCAAACUCGCCCAAGUAGAGGCUCGGAUACAAGAGAUAUACAAUUCACCCAAAGUCGAGCAGGAGGCGGUCAUAAUGGAAGCAUUUGAGGGAUUGAGCUACAUUGCACAAGAAGCAAUAGCGAUACGUUUAAGACAGCCUCAAGCGACGCAGGCGCAUAUAAGGCAAAGUAGUGCUGGGGCUAUACUCUCUGGAUUGGGUGGUGAAGAGGAGGCAAAGACGGAAGCGAAAAAAAGUUCGAAGCUUUUUGGACUGGAUGCGUUACCCUCGCCAUCGUAUCUCUCGAAGCUCGCGGAGGGCCUUCUCAAGCACGAGAAGGUCUUCCUAUCACCAAACAUCCUCGCGAUAUACAUCCACAUACAGCGACUCCUUGCCCGACCCAAGACCAUCCCAGAAGCGCUCUACCUCUACGCGAACAAACCAGUCCCCGUCGAAGGUUCUUCGCCUCCCAAGUUCUCACGACCCUCUCCCAAGUCAGCAAAGCAGGCUAUUCCAGCCGAUCUCGCCGACGCAGCGCUCACCGCGGCAAUCGACGCGAAAGAUCUUUCUUUAGCCCUGGAUGUUGUUGACCACAGUUAUCGCGCUCCUGCGUGGCGGCGGCACCGCAUAGUCACAAAGCUGGGGUUGCCCGGUAUCUUGACGGCUAUCACCCCACUUGCUCUCUACAUGAUCGCCCAGGAACUAUCCGUAUACAGCGGCUUUAUCGACCCUUGGACUUUUAAGCUAUACGCUUUCAUGGGCAUGAGCACGUAUGUUAUGUGUACGGGAACGCUCGGAUUCGUGGCCCUGACGACAUACAACGAUCACCACGACCGAGUUGUCUGGCGACCUGGUGUUCCACUGCUUGAUCGAUAUCUGAGAGAGGACGAGCGAGCGGCCUUGGACCGCAUAGCCUGUGCGUGGGGUUUCAAGGAAGUGUGGAGGCGAGGUGAUGAAGAGGGCGAGGACUGGGAGGGUUUGAGGCAGUGGAUCUUGCUCCGGGGUAUGGUUCUUGACAAGCCAGAUCUGAUGCCUGGUAUGAACCCUGGAAGAUAGUUUAGCGGUAGUAGCAGUAGCACCAAAGCACUGGACACUCAGACAAACUAUAUGUUAAACAUUCUCUACCAUGCAGGCAAGCCGCUUGUGGAUCCCGCCCCACAUGUCAUAUCAUACCAAAAAGGAGCAAAUGCAUAGGAGAUAUCGCAAAAACAAGAGACUCUGAAUAGUUCCGCAUACAUGACACGGGUAGCCGAGGACGGCAAAAAGGUUGUCAUAGGUUCUGGAAUGUGUGACCUCAAGUUGUCCACGUUGGCAAAA